AUGGUCGGAUUCGGCUCCAGGAAGCUGCGUCAGCAAGCAGCAGAAACCUCCAUCGUCCCGACCGCCACCGCCGCCGCCCGCCCCUGGCACGCCCACUCCCGCUCAUAUCUCCUCGCCGCCGUCGGUUUCCUCGGUAUCCUCCUUUUCGGGUACGACACCGGUCUCGGUGGAGGUGUCAUUGCCCUCGAGAGUUUUGCGACGUCCUUCAAGGUCGAAGGAAGCGACGACUACGUGGCGGAUUUGAAAGGUAAUAUCGUGGCUAUCCUCCAGGGCGGGGCGUUCUUUGGGGCAAUCAUUGCGGCUUGGCUGAAUGACUGGUUGGGUCGUAAGAGGUCUCUCAUGGUCGGCUGCUGGAUCUUCAUCAUCGGCGCCAUCUUCCAAACCGCCGCUUCCACCCAGCUCUCCUGGGUCUAUGGCGGAAGGUUCACUUCUGGCUUUGGGGUCGGUCUCAUGUCUUCAGUCUGCCCCGCUUAUGCCAGUGAGAUCGCGCCCAAGGAAAUCCGAGGCCGUAUCACAGGUCUCUUCCAGAUCACCGUCGUCGUCGGCGUCGCCAUAUCCUACUGGGUCAACUAUGGUGUCACCUACAUGGACCAAUCCCGCGGCAACAUCGUCUGGCGUAUCCCCAUCGGAUUCCAAUUCGUCCCCGUCGGUGUCAUGGUCAUCCUUCUCCCCAUCCUCAAAGAAUCCCCGCGAUGGCUGGCUACCAAGCACCGCGACGCCGACGCCAUCGCCAACCUCGCCUGGAUUCGCAAACUGCCCGUCUCUGACCCGACUGUUCAGCUCGAGUAUGCCGAGAUUGCGGCGGCGAUCAAGGAGGAGGAGGGUGCGACAAAGGGGGCGAGCUGGAGGGAGAUCUUUCCAAAGGGAAACCCGAUUCGAUUUGUCAUUGCGUUCGUGAUCUUUACGUUGCAGCAAUGGAGUGGGCAAAACUCCAUCUCUUACUAUGCGCCCAUCAUCUUCCAGUCUAUUGGUUUGAAGGGAAGCAAAUCCGGUCUCUUGGCGAGUGGUGUCUACGGUAUCGUCAAGAUCGUCGCGACCACCCUCUUCAUCUUUUUCGGUGUUGAGCGAUUCGGACGAAAGAAGCCUUUGCUGCUCGGUGUUGGCCUCAUGUCCUUGUUCCUCUGGAUUAUUGGAGCGGUCUUCAACACGCACCAGCCGGCUGCUGAUGCUGAGGGGGUCCCACCUGCUUCCAUUGGCAUGGCUGUGUUGAUCUACCUCUACGUCAUUCCCUACUGUUUCUCCGUCGGUCCUCUUCCUUGGGUCAUCUGCUCUGAAAUCUUCAACAACCGAACGCGACACUAUGGUCUCAUGACAGCCGCUGCUACCCAGUGGUUGUGGAACUUUGCCGUGACCAAAGCCACCCCCCUGAUGGUCAUCCACCUGCCCCACGGCGGUAUCUUCUUCUUCUUCGCCGCCGUCAACAUGAUCUCCUUCGUCCUCGCCUUGUUCUUGCCCGAGACCGGAGGUGUCUCGUUGGAGAGUAUGGAUGUCAUCUUUGGGACGAUCACGAAGGAGGAGAGGGAGGCGGAGAUUGUGAGGCAGACGCAGGGGUUGGAGGGGCGAGGGCAGGGGUUGGAUGAUGAGGAGAAGGCGGGCUCGGGCUCGGGGAUUGAGAGGCAGGGGAGUAUUGAGAAGGCUGGGGUGGAGCAUGUUGAGAGUGUUCCUCAUUAG